AUGGCCAAUGAUGAUGCUAGACAGUCAUUGCUUUCAGAUGAAAAGAAUGCUCUUCUUCAGAGAAGAAGAUACAGGCAGCCUAUAAAUGCUAAUGCAUCAGAGAUCAAACAUUCUGAGCAAAACGGCAACUCAUCUCUAAAAUGGCUCGAAUCAUUUGUUGAUCAACAAAAAUUUAGCUUCAAGAGGGUGUUCAUCGUCUUGGCUAUCUAUCUUAGCUUAGGCACUCUAUGUUUCUCCCUUGUCAUGGAUCAAAUUGAAGGCAAGAAAACAAAUGGGAUUCUUGACGCAGUUUACUUCUGUGUCGUGACGAUGACAACAGUUGGAUAUGGAGAUCUUGUGCCUCAUACCACGUUCGAAAAGCUGCUUUCUUGCGUUUAUGUUUUUGCUGGCAUGGCUCUUGGUGGGAUAAUUCUGAGCAAGGCAGCAGAUUACAUCUUAGAAAAGCAGGAGAUUCUCUUGGUUAGGGCAAUGCACAUGAAUGAAAAGAUUGGUAUAGCUGAGAUCCUUGAGGAGGUCGAAACACAUAAAGUCAAGUAUAAGUUUCUUUUUUCUGUAAUCCUUCUCUUUGUCCUCGUAAUUGUGGGAAAUAUCUUCUUGUAUCUGGUUGAAGGUUUUGAAUUUGCUGAUGCAUUUUAUUGUGUUUGUUCUACCAUCACCACUCUUGGAUAUGGAGAUGAUAGCUUCUCAACGCAGACCGGCCGGAUAUUCGCCGUUUUCUGGAUACUGAGCAGCACUAUUUGCUUGGCUCAGUUCUUUCUGUACCUUGCAGAAUUAUGCACUGAAAAGAGGCAACGAUUGCUUGUCAAACGGGUUCUUACUCGAAACGUCACCGCCUCAGAUCUCGAGGAAGCAGAUAUUGAUCAUGACAAAACUGUCAGUUCUUCAGAGUUCAUUGUAUACACACUGAAGGAGAUGGGGAAGAUCAGCCAGGAAGAUAUUUCACUCGUGAUGGAGAGGUUCAGAAAACUUGAUGCUGAUCAGUCAGGAACUUUGACAGAAGCAGAUCUCGUGCCAUCUCAGUCAUCCUUCCCUAGCGCUGACAAUAUAUAA